AUGCCAUCGCCUACUACCCCGGACGUCGAUUUCAGCGCCCAACCCGGAUCCUCGCGCCCUGAUGGAGCUCCAAGUCAACCCGCUCAAGGAAACAGCCUGGCCGCAAGUUCAGAGGCCUUUUACACGCCCGAGGGCCCGGAGAGAAACAUGGAGACUGACGAGCCUGAUGCCGAAAGUUCCGACAGCUCGGCCGCCGGCGUAAAGGCCUUCAUUCAAGCAGAAGUCGAACGAGCAGUCGGAGAGGAAUUCAGCCACAUAGCCCUGGUCCAGAUCCAGGCACUCAUCAAUACCGUUGCCACCCAGCAACGCCGUAUCGACGCGGUAGACGCGGUGGUUCACAGGUCAGGUUCUUCCCCUAUUCCUCGGGGCAUGUCCACUGCCUCCGCCCCUAUUCCUCGGAGCAUGUCCACUGCCUCCGAGGCAGUGGGACAGUGGGUGUUGGCCUACGUGAGAUCUCGUAUGGACCGUCGUGAUUCUCAGGUGAACCUCCAGCUUCAAUAG